AUGACUGUUGAAUCCUCGGAAGCUCAGGGAAACGAAACUCCGGGUUUGAGAGACAGAGUCCCAGCCACUUCUGAACAGCAAGAACCCACAAGCAGUUAUGAGGAUAGUGAUCUGCGGAUCUACACAACGCAACAGACCGACAUCAAAGAAUUCAAACACGUCUCGGCAGGGUCCACUCACUUUUGCGAUGAUCAACAUUUGGAGAAUGCAGAAGACGACGAAACCCGCGGCAACUACGAUGACUACCGCGAGAGUUCCGAGCCUAGCGAGCAGCCCGACGGCCUUGAUUUUGUGGACGCCGUGGACAUAGACGACGGUAGCGGUGUUGAUUCUGAGUUGCACGUUUACGAUAGUCGGUACGACACCCGGGGCGAAGAAAUUCUGCUAAGAGUUGGAAUCAAGCAGGAGUUCGAGAAUCCGAAGGAGCGCAGCCACAACGCAGCUCUUGUCUUGACCCGCUUCUACUCCACUUCGAAAGUCCUUCAGCCGUGGCGCACUUCGUUGGAAGUACGAUCACCAUAUUUGAUUAAAGCUUUGCGAGAAGUCGUCAAAGUGUACCCUGGAGUAAGCUUUAGUGCCACAAGCAAGGUCGUCCUGACGCCUGACUCCAGUCGGUGUCUCUUCCACCAUCACGCAGAGCUUGAAAAGUAUGCCAGCUCAUCCAACGACAAAACUUUACAGAGUCAUAUGACCCUGUGCUUGCAAUAUGUCAACCGCUCAUUCCGGAAUGAGAUCUCAAGAUACAACGCAACCGUCGGAGACAAGUCCCCUAAUCCCGGUAUAGACUUCAAGAAUCUUUGGAUGGCCUACAAGCCAGGCGAGCUACUUUACCAGAAGGUCCGCGGGAUCGAGAACCUUGUUACACUCCAGUCCAUGGAGAUAAUGUGCGCGGGCGAAGAUUACGAGCACUGGUGGCUAGUGACUAAGACGAUAGAGACCGACGGAAGCAUGGUUGGAUACGUUUACAAAGGUACCGCUGUCUUCAAAUACGAGGGGUUUGCACCGUUCACGACACUCAGUAUCUUCCCAUUACGAUUCCACCGGGAAGAAGAAGCUAUCAAGCGUCGUAUGCUCAAGAGAGGGACAAAGUAUAUCUCUUUGAUAGGCAUUCACCACUGCCAGUACGAUGGGAAAGCUAGGCUUAGUAGACGAGGAGCGCCAACCACAAUCGACUACCAUCUCACCACAGCUGCGGUUCGACAGAGAAUCAUCGUUGACUUCGAGGAAUGUUACCAAAAUCUCGAGGGUCGUGCCUUGGACUUCUCAGAGGAUGAAGAGGAUAUCAUCGGCCCUGCAUCGCCGGAUCUCAAAGUUGAUGAUGCCGUCUUAUUAAUUUGUAGUCAUGAGGUCCCGGCGUUCACCUUGAUCAACAAGCAGUGGGGGUGGUUCAACGUUGAGGAUAUCCAGCCAGUCACCUUCAACGACGAGGGUUUCGAGAAUCUCGUUCUUCCUAGUAACAAGAAACAGCUCAUAUCAUCUAUUAUUAUGUCUCGAAACUUGGAGGGUUUCAGUACCGAUGACUUCGUCGAAGAGGUGAUGGCAGACCGCGCUCGUCGGCCACUCAUCACGUCUAAUUCAGGCCAGUUCAUUGGUCCGCCGGCCGCAGUCGAACUGUCCUUAGCACGACUGUUACAUUGUGCUACCCGGUGGCAAGCGCUUGUGCUGUUAGACGAAGCAGAUGUAUUCAUGCAAGCUCGUAAUUUACAAGAUCUGGAGCGUAAUGGAAUAGUUUCCAUGCUGCUGCGCACCCUUGAGUACUUCGAAGGAACACUCUUCUUAACAACCAAUCGUGUUGGAACAAUCGACAGCGCAUUCAUGUCUCGAAUUCAUCUAGCGCUCUCAUACGAGCCUCUAUCCGAAGCAGCGAGGAGACAACUCUGGGAUACCUGGAUCACACGAGCAUGUCGUGGACAGCGUCCCAUUUGGGUUAGAGAAGAGUUUCUCACCCAAUUAUCACGCUUGGAUGUCAGUGGACGGGACAUCAAGAACAUAUCGCUUCUGGCUCAAGGGUUGGCCAAAACCGGCCAGCGGGAAAUGACUUCUGAAGAUAUCUGGAAGGGGGCCGAUGCAAUGACACAAUUCCAGGAAGACUUUAGAGCUAGCGUCACUCAUCAAGAGACUGGGAAGAGGUCCGACCUAAAGGUUCCCGACACAAAGGCAAUGCCUUCAAAGACAUGGCUGAAGACACUUCGCCAGUGGUGGCGGUCAUAA